CUCCAGGUGCGCCCUGCCCCGCGGCGAGGUUCCCCAGAAUGGCCCUUCCCAGCCCCUACCGAAAUCCUAGUGAAGCCCCCCAUAUUGUGGGAGAGAUUCCCCUGCGUCAGGGCCCCCCAAAUCCUGACCACUUGGGAGGCCGAGGCGGGCAGAUCACGAGGUCAGAAGAUAGAGACCAUCCCGGGGAAGUGAAACCCCGUCUCUACUAAAAAUACAAAAAAUUAGCCAGGCGUAGUGGCGCGCGCCUAUAAUCCCAGCUACUCGGGAGGCUGAGGCAGGACAACUGCUUGAACCUGGAAGGCAGAGGUUGCAGUGAGCUGAGAUCGCGCCACUGCACUACAGCCUGGGUGACAAGAGUGAGACUCCGUCUCAAAAAAAAAAAAAAAAAAAUCCUGACCACAUCCCCUCAGAAAUACUGAAAGGAGUCCACCAGGAAAUCUUGUAGGUGACCCCCGAAAUCCUGUCAGAAUCGUCUAGAAAUUCUGUCAGACUUCUCCCUCAGAGCCUGCCAGAAACUUUCCCCAAAAUCCUAUUACUCUCCCCAAAUCAGCAGAGCCACCUAGACUCCUGUCAGAGAUCCCCAGAAAUCCUGGCAGUUCCCCUCCCAAACCCAGUCAGACCUCAGAUUCUGUCAGAGAGCACAGAAGUCCAUCAAAGACACCCCAGAAAUGGAGACCCCGAAAUGCACUCAGAGACCCCCACAGAAAUCAAGACCCUCCAAAUCCAGCCAGAGACCCCCAGAAAUCCAGAGACCCACCUAGAAAUCAAGACCUCCAAAACCAAGCCAGAGACCCCCAGAAAUCCAGUCAGACCCCUGCAGAAAUCAAGACCCCCAAAAUCCAGCCAGAGAUCCCCAGAAAUCCAGUCAGAGACCCCCGCAGAAAUCAAGACCCCCAAAAUCCAGAGACUCCGAAUAAAUCAAGACCCCCAAAAUCCAGUCAGAGACCCCCAGAAAUGAAGACCCCCAAAAUCCAGUCAGAGAACCCCCAGAAAUCCAAUCAGACCCCCGCAGAAAUCAAGACCCCCGAAAUCCAGCCAGAGACCCCUGAAAUCCAGUCAGAGACCCCCACAGAAAUCAAAAUCCCGAAAAUCCAGCCAGACACUCCCCAGAAAUCCAGCCAGAGACCCCCCCAAAAUCCUGUCAGAGCCCUUGAAAGCCCACCAAGGCCCACACCACCCAGAGCUCCUGCCAGGGCCCCAUCCUGCUUCAGUGUCCCCGUCCCAGUCCUGUCAGAGCCCCGAGAUCAACCAACACCCCCGGGGUCCCUCAGGACUCCAUCCCGAACCCACCCCGUGCGCCAGGGCCCAGCCAAGGCCAUCGCCCCCCUUUGCACCCUGCAGGGUGUUCCAGACCCUAGAAGGGCCUCUCUUCAAAUACCCGUGUUUCCAGAAUGGUGGCAGCGGGCCCUCGUGGCUUGGGGAGAGCAGGCGCUGGGGGAACUGGGAGUGCUCGGGCCAGCUGGUCCUUUUCCCGUCCCUCCCCGUGAAGGAGGGAGGCUGGUAGCUUUGCCAGCAGCUGCACCGCGGCAGGGGUGGCCCAUGGACCUGCCCGAGGGCCCGGUGGGUGGCCCCACUGCGGAAAUGUACCUCUGGGAGCAGCCUGAGGAGGCAAGGCUGGGGAUGCCGGUCAACUUGGAGGAGCAAAUACUCAACUCCACGUUCGAAGCUUGUGACCCUCAGAGGACAGGCACUGUGGCCGUGGCCCAGGUGCUGGCCUACCUGGAGGCUGUGACAGGCCAGGGCCCCCAGGAUGCACGCCUCCAAACAUUGGCCAACAGCCUGGACCCCAAUGGGGAGGGCCCUAAGGCCACUGUGGACUUGGACACUUUCCUGGUUGUCAUGCGUGACUGGAUUGCUGCCUGUCAACUACAUGGGGGAUUAGAGCUGGAAGAGGAGACCGCCUUCGAGGGAGCCCUGACCUCCCGGCAACUGCCAUCUGGAUGCCCAGAAGCUGAGGAGCCAGCCAACCUGGAGAGCUUCGGAGGCGAAGACCCCAGACCCGAGCUACAAGCCACAGCUGACCUGCUGAGCAGCCUGGAGGACCUGGAGCUCAGCAACCGACGUCUGGCUGGGGAGAAUGCCAAACUCCAGCGGAGCAUGGAGACAGCUGAGGAGGGGUCAGCACGCCUUGGGGAGGAGAUCUUGGCUCUGCGCAAGCAGCUUCACAGCACCCAGCAGGCCCUGCAGUUUGCCAAGGCCGUGGAUGAGGAGCUGGAGGACCUGAAGACUCUGGCCAGGAGCCUGGAGGAACAGAAUCGCAGCCUUCUGGCCCAAGCCCGGCAGGCGGAAAAGGAGCAGCAGCAUCUGGUGGCUGAGAUGGAGACUCUGCAGGAGGAGAACGGGAAGCUGCUUGCCGAGCGGGAUGGAGUGAAGAAGAGAAGUCAGGAGCUGGCCAUGGAGAAGGACACUUUGAAGUGGCAGCUCUUUGAGUGCGAACACCUCAUUUGCCAACGAGACACCAUCCUCUCUGAACGCACUCGCCAUGUGGAGAGCCUGGCCCAGACCCUGGAAGAAUACAGAGUGACGACGCAGGAACUGAGGCUGGAGAUUUCACGCCUGGAGGAGCAGCUGAGUCAGACCUGUGAGGGGCCCGAUGAGCUACCUGAAGGGGUCCAGCUGAGAAGAGUGGGCUGGACCCAGCUGCUGCCCCCAUCGCUGGGCUUGGAGAUCGAGGCCAUUCGACAGAAACAGGAAGUGGCAACUGCUGAUCUCUCCAACCCUCUGUGUGGGGUGUGGCAGUGGGAGGAAGUCAUCCAUGAGACCAGUGAGGAAGCUGAGUUUCCAUCUGAAGCCCCAGCUGGGGGACAGAGAAACUUCCAGGGAGAGCCAGCGCACCCUGAAGAAGGAAGGAAGGAGCCAUCCAUGUGGUUGACCAGAAGAGAGGAAGAGGAGGAUGCAGAGAGCCAGGUCAUGGCUGAUCUCCCUAUCCCUCUAGGAGACCCUCGCCCUGGAGACAUCCCAGAAAGCCCUCCAGAGAGGCCUGCGCAGCGGGAACUCCAGCAAGCCCUGGUGCCUGUGAUGAAAAAGCUGGUCCCAGUCAGGAGGAGGGCCUGGGGCCAGCUCUGCCUGCCCUCACAGCGGCUCAGGGUCACUCGACAUCCACUGAUCCCAGCUCCUGUCCUGGGCCUGCUGCUGCUGCUGCUGCUCUCUGUCCUGCUGCUUGGCCCGUCCCCACCUCCCACCUGGCCCCACCUCCAGCUCUGCUACCUCCAGCCCCCUCCAGUGUGAGAGGCUCUACUUGCCCCUCAGAGCAGUGUCUAGCUCAAUAAAUCCCCUGGCACUCUCUCCACUGGGAUCCCCAUAGUUAGUCCAGUGUUGCGCAGGCUUACCCCAGAUAGAGUACAAGGGAUCCACAUCCCUGUAUUUUUAUGUGAAGUCUCCUAGUUUUUUAAUGUUGACAUUUCUUAACAAUAGCAAAACUCCCCCAGUAAUGGAUUAAGCACUAAGGAUUAUUCCCUCACAAAACAAGCCUGACGAGGGCAGCUGUGGGCACACAGCUAAGUCUCAGUUGCCUUGGGGCCAGGGCCUCAGUGAUUCUCCUGUCCCCUCCCUCAUGCUCAGGAGUUGGCAGUUGUAGCUUCCUACAUCACAUCUGCGGGAGACGGAAACUUCUUCCUUCCUUUUUAUAAAGAGAGGCAGUAGCCUCAGUGUGCAGUGGGUAGAUUCAAAUCAUAUUCAUAAUAAAAGAGAAGCAGUUGCCUGCCCAGAGCCA